AUGGAAGGUUUGCAGAACGGCGACAUCGAAGUCAUCACUCAGCAUGACCCAGACGCAUAUGCCUACGAUUGGGACGGCUUUAUCCUCGACGCCGCUAGCUUUGCGGGAAGCAGUGACUUUGAGAAUUGGAUUGCUAACCUAGACAUUCCUCUUAUUGAUGCUAGUAGCAUCUGCUCAGGUUGCAAGGUCCACGAGGGCUUCUGGAAUACAUGGGAAACCGUAGCUAUCGAUGUGACAUCGCAAAUCGAAUCUGCUCUUAGCGCUUUUCCAGAUUAUACUCUGGUUGCUACCGGUCACAGUCUUGGAGGUGCUCUUGCCGCAGUUGCAGCGACCGUGUUCCGUGCCUCAGGAUAUACUGUUCAGCUGUAUAAUUACGGCCAACCUCGUAUUGGAAAUUUAGCCCUAGCCGACUUUAUUACAAGUGAAACGUUGGGAACCAACUACCGUGUCACGCACUCUGAUGAUAUCGUUCCCAAGCUACCCCCGGAGCUACUAGGUUACGACCACUUCAGUCCUGAAUACUGGAUUACUAGUGAUGACAACGUGACUGUGACGGACUCAGACGUAGUCGAAAUACAGGGCGUAGAUUCAACCAGUGGGAACGAUGGAACGAGCGGCGACAGUGUUGAUGCCCAUCGGUGGUACUUCAUCUACAUAUCGGAAUGCUCUUAA